UUCUUGCUCUGACCCUGAUGGCCCCUCGGAAGGACCUGAACGUGCUCCCUGCUCCUCUCUCUGCUGCUCAGAAAAUUCUCGGUGUCUUUGGUUUUCAUCUGUGUGGUCACUAGCUGCCGAGAGAGAAUCCAGCACUGGCAGAAGGUGGAUGACGACUACAGUGCCCUUCAGGAAAGACUCAGUGUGCUGCCUGACAGGCUGUCUUACAACAUCAUGGUGCCAUUCGGCCCCUUUGCCUUCAUGCCUGGAAAACUCGUCCACACCAAUGAAGUCACUGUUUUACUUGGGGACAACUGGUUUGCAAAGUGCUCCGCGAAGCAGGCUGUGGGCCUGGUCCAGCACCGGAGAGGACGUACGUACCAUCACACACGCUUCCCUGACGUGAGGAAGACAGUCGACGACCUCAAAAAGGUGAUGAGAAACUUUGAAUCCAGAGUUGAAUUUACAGAAGAUUUGCAGAAAAUGAGUGAUGCUGCAGGUGAUAUUGUUGACAUAAGAGAAGAAAUUAAAAGCGGCUUUGAAUUUAAAGCAAAACAUCGAAUUGCUCAUAAACCUCACUCCAAACCCAAAACUUCAGAUAUUUUCGAAGCAGAUUUUGCAGAUGAUAUAAAAUCCAAGGAUUUGCUUGCUGACCAGGAACUGUGGGCUCGGCUUGAAGACCUGGAGAGACAAGAAGAGUUGCUGGGUGAACUUGACAGCAAGCCUGAUACUGUGAUUGCAAAUGGAGAAGACACAGGGUCUUCCGAAGAGAGGGAAGACCCGGGCGGCAGUGUGGAUACGGCACGUCCGGGGCCCGAGGCUGCGGCUCCCAGCUGUCGUCUCGGGGACGCCACCAGUUCAGAACUGCGCCGUGGGCAGGAGGGCAGUCUCUCGAGCGCCUCGGUGAACGGCUCGCACUCCUGCCGCAGCCGUGAAGAUGACGACGGCGACAGCGAUGGCAGCGAGGACGAUGAAAGUGUCCUCGAUGCCUUGGGGGCUGGAGACUGUUCUGUGCCAACAAUAUACUUUUCUCACACCGUCGAACCUAAGCGGGUUCGAAUAAAUACUGGGAAAAAUACCACUUUAAAAUUCAGUGAGAAGAAGGAGGAAGCCAAACGGAAGCGAAAGAACAGUUGCGGCGGUGGCCACCCUGCCCCGGAGCUGCCCACCAUUAGGACCCCCGCCGACAUCUACAGGGUCUUCGUGGACCUCGUGAACGGGGAGUACGUGCCCCGGAAGUCCAUCCUGAAGUCACGCAGCCGGGAGAACAGCGUCUGCAGCGACACCAGCGAGAGCAGCGCCGCCGACUUCGAGGAGCGGCGUGGGCUGCUGCGGAGCCUCAGCUGCGAGGACGCCUGCAGCGACCCCUGCGACAGCAUUCUGGAGGAGGGGCUGCCUCCCGCGUCGGGGGCCCCUGAGGCCUUUUCUGGGACCGUCAUAGAAAAAGAGCUGUCGCCCUGCCUGACCCCACACCCGGCCGCGGCCCACCCUGCGCUGCCCGCGAUUCCUGAGCGGAAGGAGCUGGUGUCGGAAGCAUCAGACGCUGUGAAGAGGGUUUCCAAGUUCAAAGCUGCCAGAUUGCAGCAGAGAAACUAGGCCCUGCCUAGGAAAUGGGGUUCGUGUCCUGAACCCAGUCUGCGCUGGUUCAGCACACACUGCAAAUGCGUCCGCGCGGCUGGAGCCCAAGUGUCCUGAGUUAACUGGGAAGCAAGUUCCGCUGCUUUCGGCGGCAUCCGGAGGUCAGCGACUGCGGUACCGACUGUCCAGCCCGUGUGGCCGCUCUGAGCACGGUCCCCUCUGGCCGGUUCGCCUAGAGGCGCGGUGCGGCUGCUCGGGCUCCUCCGGGUGCUGUCCGCUGCUGGACACGCGGUCCUGUGCCGCCGGGCGUGCACACCACGCGGCCGGGUCGGGCCUCGGAACGCCCAGACAGCAGUUCUGUUACUUGCUUUAGCAUUUCAAAGGCACUUUAAAAAAUCUACUUGUGAGUUUUGCAGCUAGGUGGCUGUUCACCGCCCUUCCCCGUGACGGUCACUGUCAUCUCGACGGCAGGAAGUGCGCUGUGGCCUGGGGGAAAGUCGCUUUGUCGGAAGA